AUGUUCGAGCUGUUGGGGCCGGUGCGCGACUUGUUGGCCGGUCAGCAUCAGCAGCAGCAGCAGCAGCAACAGCAACAGGCGGCCGCCAAUCGGCCCUACCCACUGCGCAUCGACAACGUCAGCUUCAGACUGCACACGCAGCUGAGCUUCGCCCUUCUGGCCUGCUGCGCGGCCCUCGUCAGCGCCAAGCAGUUUUUCGGCGAGCCGAUCGUCUGCAUCAACCACUCCGGACUCGAAACAGAGUCGGUCAACAUCUACUGCUGGAUCUACGGCACGUUCACGGUCAAGCGGCACCUGCGAGGCGUAACGGGACGACAGGUCGCCGCUCCAGGCGUGGCUCAAGCCUCCGAUGGCGACGAGAUAUACCAGCACAAAUAUUACCAAUGGGUGUGCCUGGUGCUGCUGCUGCAAGGCCUGGCCUACUACGUGUCGGGGGCCCUGUGGCGCGCAUGGGAGGCCGGCCUCAUGUGCCAACUGAGCAACGAGCUGGAGGUCAAGUCGCGCGUCUGCGCCUACUUCGCCGAGGCCCGACUCAGCAGGGCCCACGAGCUCUACGCCCUGCGCUUCGCCAGCUGCGAGCUGCUCAACUUCCUGCUGACCCUCGGCCAGUUCUGCCUGCUGGACAAGUUCCUCGAGGGCCGCUUCGCCAGCUACGGCCUCGACGCCCUGAGCUUCCUCCUGUCGCAGCCCGAGGCGAGCUCCCUGCGCCAGCGCUACCAGCCGAGCUCGCGAGUCGACCCGAUGGCCCGGCUCUUUCCCAAACUGGCCAAGUGCACUCUGCACACUUUCGGCUCGACGGGCUCGAGCCAAGUGCACGACGCCCUCUGCGUUCUCUCGCUCAACGUCGUCAACGAAAAGGUCUUCGUGUUCGUCUGGUUCUGGAUGGUCUUCCUCUUUGUCGUCGGCUCUUUCGCGCUUAUCUACAGAGUCGUCGUACUGACGCAGAGGUGGGCGAGAAUUUUGUUGUUGAGGGCGAGCACGCGCGGCAGUUUGCCCAAGUCGUUGGCGCACCGCCUGACCGUCGGCUCGAGCUACGGCGAGUGGUUCGUCCUGCGCCGACUCUCCAUGAACGUCAGUUUGGCCGUCUAUCGACGAUUGCUCCUCGAUCUCGCUGAGCACUACGAAGCUGACCAUCGUACUCACAAGCAUAUCUCUUAG